GCCGCCGUGACGAGCGAGUUUGUCAAAAGGAAGGAGACCCACACGGGUGGCUGUCUGACUGGUGGUGCUGCCAUUCCUGUGCAUGCGCAGGACCAGCUGUUGAGUGGCUGAAGACAUGCAGCAUGCAGUUUCCACCAGAGCUGAGAGGUAGCCAGCCCUUUCUGACUUCAGCUUUUCAGCAGCAGGAGCAGCCCUGGGGUGCUCCACUGCCUGCCAACCAUGGUCCACGAUCACCGGACAUGCCUUCAGUACCGCUGUACAGUGGGUUGUGUCCGGCAGGUGCACUGCAGCCAUGGCCACUGUCCCCCCCGCUGGCAGCCUUCCCCAAUGCAGCCACCCCAUGGGUGCAGACAGUGCCCGAAUCCAUGCCUUGGGGCACUUACCCGACUGCUAUCGCCAGUGAAUCACAGGUGAUGAGGUUCUCAGCUGGAGAGACUCCCAGAUGGGCAGUGAACGAGCGCCGUUUCCGUAAACGGCACCUUCCCCAUAUAUUGGAUGCUGGGUUACCACCAAGAAAGCAGGUUAUCACUGAAGAGAAGAUUGCAGCACAGAUGAGUGAUCUCAGCCUGGAUGGCAUGAUGCCCAGCAGUCGUGAGGAGGCAGCUGACAAGGAGAAGCGGCUGCAUGUGCUAUGCCCCGAUCUGGAGCCCUCGCCUGAGCCACUGCUGCCUCGAUCUGUGCUCGAAGACCUCCACAAGCGAACAUCCAUGGCAGUGGUGUUAUGGCAGCCCCCUCUGGCGCAGAAGCUGACUGACCCCACCCAGGAAGCUGAGGAGAGCAGCUCGGACACUGAAGUUAAAAAAUCAGGUAAAUCCGAGAGACAAGAACAAGAGGAGACCAGCAUGGAUCUAUGACAGCAGUUCCAGGUGAAAGCGUGUGGCAUGCCUUGGUCAUGUCUCAGCACUUUGACAAAUGCAGCACACCAAGUCUUUUGCGAGCAAGUCGCCACACGUAUGCAAGCACCCUUAAUUAUUGGCGCAAGUUGUUGGAGCCAUGACAGAGCAUACUGCCAACCUGCUUGGUGCAAGAGCACUCAUGUUCACGUGUACCGACUAUAUAUUGCACAUAACAAGGCCAAACAUUGAAUAAAGCUGUUCUAACAAGACUUCUUUAU